AUGGGUAUCAAAAUCAUUAUCGUAGGCGGCAGUGUCGCUGGCCUUUCUCUUGCCAAUAUGCUAGAGAGAUUCGACAUCGACUACACGAUUCUCGAAGCGGUGACCUUCCGCGAUGCGAAUGGAAAACCCAUCUCCUCAACUCCCGGACCUACCAUGUCAGAAAGAAUGGAGAAACACGCCGGAUACGCGUCCUUGUGGGUAGAUAGACAGAUGUUACUUCAAAUCCUGUACGACAACUUGAGACAAAAGCAAAAAGUUCUCACGAACAAGCGCGUCGUUGACGUGGAAACCACCUCUACAGGAGUUGCGGUCACGACGGAAGAUGGAUCGACACAUACCGGCGAUAUCCUGGUUGGCGGUGAUGGAGUUCAUAGUAAGGUACGGGAAGAGAUGUGGCGGAUAGCUAGUGUCUCUGAUCCAAUUGCAUUUCCCCAGGAAGAGAGAUCAAUCGUACAAUCGAGCAUGAAGUGUAUCUUCGGAAUUUCUAAGCAGCCCGUAAACUUCCCGCCUGGUGCUACUCAGGAGAGCACGUUUUUUCGAGGCCAUCUAUACUUGGUCAUAUCCGCACCGGGAGGCCGGGUGUAUUGGUUCCUGUUCCACGAAUUAGGAGAGACCAAGUACGGAAAAGACAUUCCUAAAUUCUCUAAGGAGGAUGAGUUACUUUUGUCGACACAACAUCGAGAAGAUCACAUCACAGAAGAUAUGACGUUUGGGGAUCUCUACGACAACCGCAUCAAGUCUACAUUGGUCCCAUUGGAGGAACAUGUCUUCAGACGAUGGCAUUUCCAGAGGAUUCUUAUCAUCGGUGAUGCGGCAACCAAGGUACUACCGCAACCCAUGGACCCAGGACUACAUAUACUACAGAAGUGUCUAGUUGUGCUGAUGUUGCCAUCCAGGUCCAUCCGAUCUCAGCUCAAGGAGGAAACGGCGCUUAGUGAAGUAUGCGCAAUUCGAUAUGAACGGGCCUUCAGCAUGAUGAAGAAGGGUCGUCGGGAUGGCGCAUUCCUCUGCCAACAGCAACCGUUUUCAGGGCUUAUGAUACAUUACGUUUUGCCCUGGCUCGGGGAUAACCUCUUCUUCAAGGAGCUUCUCAAGCAGUCUCUUGCGGGUCCACAUAUUGAGAAGCUCCCUGUACCGGAAAGACCCCAUACGACGCCUUACAAUGAUGAGUUACCUCAGAUUUCUUCUAGAUAUUACUUGUUUGGUUGGACUACCGGGACGCUCUUAGUGGUGUCUCUUGGUAUCCAAAGUGCUGGACGGUUUGCAUGGGUGGUCAAAAGCCGCUAGAGGAAUACAUG